AAUGCAUCAUAGGUCCUAUAACUAUCUGAGGUGUGUCACUUUAGUCCUAUAACUAUCAAAGUGCAGAUUUGAGUCCCAAAACUAUUUCGAGUCAUUCACUGCAGGUCCUAUGGUCGCCCCAGCAGCGUUGACCGUCCGAUGUGUCACCUGGACCGGUGCCACAUCGACCAGAGGGGCCCACCAGGCUAAACAAUGAAGCGUUUAUUUGCAGGAAAGCCCUUGAAAUCUCAGCUCGUCUCAUUCUCAGACUCUCCAUCUCUCUUCUAUGAAUGAAUCUCUCUGAGGCGGCGAUAUGGUGGCGACCGGCGACGUUCGCGAUUGAUGUCCAUCGAUUGGAGGCGCAGGACGGGAGUCGGGGCUGCUAAUCCGACCGUGGCGCUGGUCCGAUGGCUCCAUCGCGGUGGCUUCCCAACACCCCUCCUCCGGAGUAUGGACCCAAGGAGGAGCUGUUCUCAGUAGAGAUUAAUCAUGGUGGGGUUUUUCUCGGCUUUGGAGCAAACAAGAAAUACAUGGAUUGCAAAACAGAUUUCUUUGAUCAUUGUGAGGUUGAAACAUGGUCGCCGUUGUGGAUUAAAGAUUUUGUGCAGCAGCUUGGCUAUGAUCCAAGUAAAGUGCAGUGUUUCUGGUUACUUCCUGGCAUGAAUUUGGAUAAUGGACUGAGAAUUAUUGAUAGAGAUGCAGACUGUCUUAGUAUGACUGCUGUUGUGCCAAAGUUCAAGCAUUUCAAGUUGUACAUGGAUCAUGGUGAUAUUUAUAGCGAGCUAAAUAUGGAUGACAUAUGCAUAAUUGGCUCACCUACAAUGCCUGAUAUCAUGAGUCCCGUGAAGCCACAAGAAAGAGGUACAAAGAGUUAUAUUAGGAGUAGUCCUAGGAUCAAGAGCAAGGCACAAAAAGGGAGAACUAAAGAACAAGUGCAGAAAAACAAUGACAGUGAUAGUGAUGAUAGUGAUAGUGAUUGUAGUUAUGAAGAUUGGGCUGACUCAGACAAUGACUUUAAGAAUGGCGAUGAUAAUCUGUUUGAGGAGUGGGUUGAUGACUUCAAUAAGGAUCUCAGAGCAAAGAAAAAUAAAGCAGUACGGUACGAGAGGGAUAGUGACUAUGACACUGAUGAGCUAGAACUGCCAGCUUCAGUAAUAAAAGAACUUGCCCUGAAAAAGGUAGACAGGAGCAACAAGAUGAGGCAAGGCAAGGGGAGCAGCGAGAGGCAGGGCAAGUGCAGCAAGGUGAGACAGUUCAAGGACAAAACUCAAUUCCAAGGCAUAUUGCCAAAAAGGCAAAAUUACCAGUGAAGAGAAGGAUUACUUCAACUGAUCAGACCACAUCUUCUGCAAGUGUGGUUGGAUCUAGUGUAAUACAAGUGUGGGAGCAGAACAUGUCUGUGUUCGACAUACUGAUGCAAUCUUCACAGCCGUCCCAAGAAUCCCAGGCACCAAGACCUCUUCCUAACAAUCAAUUUCUUGCAAGCCAAAUAGAGGAUCUACCAAUGACAAAACAGACCACAACUAUAAUCCAUGUAGCAGCAAAGAAGAAGAAAAGGAAGGAGAAGAUCACGGAGAAGGAGAAUGUUAUUCCUAGGAAGAAGAAAUAGAAGAUGAAGUGGACAUGCCUUCUAUUGGACAGAACCUGGUUUCUUUUUGGACAGAGUUUGCUUUCUUUUGGAUAGAUAGAGAUGGUUAGGGCCUUCACAAAUUGAAGGCUUUAUUUUGGACGGAGGUACUACUUAUGUAAUGUGGUACUGCAUCAUGCAGAGUGCAACCCAGUACCACAUUACAUAGUUGCAAGCUUUAGUGUGUAUCUAUGUUUAUGCAAGAGCACUCUUUAUGUAAUGACAAUAUGGUGUGCUACUUCCUGGAAGUGUGGCAAUUCUCAUCUAUAUAUUUUCCUGUUAAGUUGCAA